AUGCACUGCAGAAGUCAUCAAAAAGAAAAAACAACCCCUGAAUUAGGAAAUUACCUUUUCGGUAAAGCAACAGAAAGGGGUAAAAGAAAAGACAAACUUGCAGUAGUACCACAGAAGGAGGUAGAUUUGACAGGGUUUACUCCAAAAUACGAUCAGGAGGAUCAAAAAUUGAUUAAGGCCCUUCAAGCUAAAAUCAAGGAAGCAAAAGAGGUAGCAAAAGCUUUGCUCAACCACAUAAUUCCAAGGUCUAAGGUUCCUCUAGAAAUGUCAUCAGAUAGAAGACCACAUUUCACUGCAACCGUGGUUGGAGAAGUUGACAAGAUUCUGGGACUUACUUGGGACCUGAUUAUUCCAUACAGGCCCCAAGCAAGUGGCAAAGUUGACGAGUGUAUGAAUGGAACCCUCAAAACCCAGAUCACCUGGUUUCCUACUGAAAUAAAACUCUAUGUAUUUGCUAUCUUGUUGAUUGAUCCCAUGAAAGCGCCGAGUGCCGCGGGCCCGCUCAGACAGGCGGUGACACUGGCGGCAUCCCAACGUCAAACGCUGAAAACGCGAACGGAGCUCUUUCCCCGCUCCGAAAACCCGGGGCUGUUUCUGUCAGCCACCCUCGGGAGAAGGAGGCAGCGGGGUCUGCGGAGCUACCUYAGCUCGUCCUCCAAAGCACAGAACCAACCGCGCUCCCUUCCCCUCGGGCCUGAGGGCCCCGCCGCCCCGUUCCCUCAUCGCCCCGCAGGGGGAGCCGCGGCUCUCGCGAGAGCCGCCGCCGCCGCCAUGGAGCCGCCGCUGCCGGGCCCGCCGGGGCUGUCGGCCGUGCUGGCGAGCACGGACUGGUCCGAGCCCUGGCUGCUGGGGCUGGCGGCUUUCCACCUGCUCUGCUUGCUCCUGACGUGCGCGUCCCUGCAGCACCGGCGGGUGCAGGUGGGGCACUUCCUCUGCAUGGUGGGCUUAGUGUACUGCGCUGAAUAUAUCAAUGAAUUAGCAGCCAUGAAUUGGAGGCUCUUUUCUAAAUACCAGUACUUUGAUUCAAGAGGAAUGUUUAUUUCGCUUGUAUUUUCUGCGCCACUGCUGGUGAAUACUGUUAUAAUUGUGGUCACCUGGGUUUACAGAACUUUGAAUGUAAUGACUGAACUAAAGAUGCUACAGCAGAGAAGGAAAGCAGAAAAAGAGAAAAAGAAGUGAAAGUGCCAAACACUAUUUUUCUUUCUUCAGUUGUAAUAAUGCCUGUCCGAGUAAUCCAUCAUUUUGUAUGACUAUGCAGAAACAAAAGUGUUUUGAUUUCUGAUGUCAAGAGGACUUUGUAACUCAUGGCUGUGGACAUCGAGGUGAAAGCAGAUUUCUACAAUACAUUUGAAUUGGCUAUGAAAUUAGGAAACCCAGUCUUAACAAGUCUCUGUGCCCGUAGUUUAAGAUAGUUUUCCACCAUGACCAAGGCUGUUAUCAUUGAUUAGACACAAUCUUCCAGUUUCCAUUUGCCUGUGUAUUUUUUAACUAUAUCUUUACUCUGUGCUUAUUAGGUAUCAAUUCUUCUCUGCUGCUGCUUAAGCCAACUGAGCUGUGUUGUGAAUUACAGUAAAUGAAAGAUUUUAUUCAGAAUACCUCAGGAAUCCAUGCUUCUGUGAAGCAUUUCACUUCUUUAUAAAUCAGGUUUCAUACUUCCGAUGUGUACUGUGUGCCAGUGGCAUUUUAUAAAUAAAACUAUCCACUCACUGUAUCUUAAA